AUGUAUCAUUUACGUUACGAUAUACAGAUGUUACGGGAACGCCUCAAGGAUGCCGCUGCACCAGGCAUAUAUACUCUGACAAAGUACUGCCUGAGGUGCAAGAAUUUAUGGCUUCCCCAUGGUAAGGAGGCCGGCUGUGACGGAAUUGGCUUCUCAGCCAGCUUAGGGUGCCGUUAUUGCAUCUUUCUGCUCAACGCUCUGAAGCACUUCGACUGGAUGGAAGGCUUGCACUGUUAUUUCAAGCUCAGCGGGCGUAAAGGGCGCUAUUAUUUGACGUCCUGGGUUUUUCAUGUUCAGCUUGAGCUGUACACACCAAGGGGCCAUCCGCCAGCUUGGCACGGUAUCGCUCAAGACGCCAAUCCCCUUGACGCCGUUCUGAGCGGCUCGCCUCAGACAUCUGAAGCCUACGAGUUUAUUCGUUCCUGUCUUCGAGACUGCGACGCCAACCACCCAGAAUGCAAGAUAGCAGGUCAAGGACUACCCACUCGACUGUUAGACGUACAUCAUGAAGGCGCUCAGCAAGUGAGACUGGUCGAGACGGAGUCGCUUCCUGUGGGGCACAGCACGACCUACAUAGCCCUUAGCUACUGCUGGGGUGGACGGCAGAGUUUGACGCUGAAGUCCGAGAACCUGGAGGUCAUGAAGUUGGGUCUUAUGGUCUCCAGUCUGCCGCAGACGUUACAAGAUGCCAUCGCCGUCACCCGAGCGCUAGGCCAACAGUACCUAUGGGUAGACGCUUUGUGCAUUAUCCAAAAUUCUCCAAGCGAUUGGGAAGUGGAAUCGUCAAAAAUGGCCUCGGUAUACCGUGAUGCCUAUCUAACUAUUGCUGCUGCUACUGCCUCCGACGUUACUCACGGGUUUUUAUCUCGCAAUUAUCGGGAGUUAAACGCUUGGUACAAGGAGCCAUAUCACGAGGAAUGGAUCAAUCAGGAAGCUUGCUCGACCAUUUUAGGCGCCCGACGGAUACACGAAGGUCUUGGGCAUGCCGAUGAACAUCCCCGGGUUCCUGUGCUGCCCUGGAAUCUUCGCGGGUGGACGUUGCAGGAGCAAUUCCUCUCGAGAAGAUUGCUCAAAUAUCAUGCUUACGAGCUUCGCUGGGUUUGUCAAAACAAAUCGGCCUGCCAAUGUCGUUCGGACUUGAGUUGCAGGUUAUUGGCCAAAGACCCGAUGGAUUCGCCCACGUACAGAUUAGAAUCUGCCCAGCUGGCACAUGACUAUUGGCGCCAUAUUGUUAAUGACUAUACUGCCCGCGAGCUUACCGAUGCCCGUGACAAGCUACCCGCAAUUUCUGGUCUCGCGCAAGUCUUUCAGCAAGUCAUACAGUCUCCAUAUAUCGCAGGCAUUUGGGAAGACCGACUGUCUUUGGGUCUCUUAUGGAGGGCUUUCGACGCAAGAUAUGCUCCCGAGCUUUACAUAGCGCCUACCUUCUCUUGGGCGUCCAUAUCCUCGCGGGUUGAAACGAUGUUUGAGCCUGGGGACUACGGCGUACGUGAUAGAUGGGUCUCUCACACUGUGGUCGAAGAUACUUGCUCCAUUGCCGAUGGCAAAGAUCCACUGGGUCGGGUGAAAGGUGGCUGGAUCAAACUCCGUGGUUACAUCUUCAAAGCGGCUUUAAUCGACGACCCGAGGGGAGGUUUUGACUAUAGGUAUAAGGUCAAGACCAAAUUUCUUGGAAAAGAAAGAUUACGUCAAGACACCUGGCUAGAGGAAUUCCUAGCCACAAACGAACAUGGCGACGUGCAAAGAUCUGUUCGUCGAAUGCGCCAGCCCUCGGGCAUAACUACACACGACAAUGAGCCCCCAACAUCCGAAAUCAAGGACGGCGCUGUUGUAUAUUUGCUCCUGAUUGGAUAUGUAACUUACAACUUAAUCACUGUAUUUUACUUCAUGGGACUAGGGUUGUCAAGCGAUAAACCCGGGAUGUAUGAGAGACUGGGUCUUAUCUUAUAUUGUAAAUCCAAGAAGAAGUUUGAAAAAUUCAAGUCAGGUCUCAUCGCUGCAGCAGACGACCACAAGGUGGUUACCAUUGUUUGA